ACGGAUAUUUUUCAUUCUUGCCUCGAUUCUUUCCCACGGAUAAGAUUCAGACUCCGAUAGAGGGAGAGAGAGAGAGAGAGUUAGGGCUUGAGAGUUUCAAAUUCGGGAGAAUUCUCUCCGACAUCUCAAAUCCUAAAGCUUCAGCUUCAAUGGCUCUGGGUUUUCAGCAAAACUAGAGCUUUUUUCGCAAAGUAUUCAUCACGAUGAAAAGUUUAGCGGUUCUCUGUGGGAAUUACAUAUCCUCGUCGCCUUCCAGCUCUUGCUGCGAUCUCCGUUUCCAGCCCUAUUUGGCUCCGCCGACCGGUGUUCGGCUAAAACGGCGUCGUCACAGCAGUUCGAGCUUCCGCUAUGCAUCAAGGAAGCGAGAGGUUGAUCGUAGAGUGACUGAGACGCAGACUGAUCCAGAUAGCAACAAUAAUGAGGAUGAAGAAGGGAAUGAAGAUGAUGAGCAGGCACAGCCUUCCACAGACUUCUCUGCCCAAGCUCAAGAUGACAACCAUGUUGAUCCUAAGCCUCUUGCCGCGGAACAAAUAGAUGACAAUGUUGCCGAAACUAACUCUCAUGAGGCUGAGAACGUAGAAGUUACUAGUGGAUCACCUCUGCCAGGUGUGAAGCCGCAACAAUUGGAUGAAUCAAUCAUAAUUCCAAAAGAAACAAUUGAAAUACUUAAAAACCAAGUGUUUGGUUUUGAUACUUUCUUCGUGACAAGCCAGGAGCCAUAUGAGCUUGGAGUGCUAUUCAAAGGAAACCUGCGAGGCGAGCCUGCAAAGAGUUAUGAAAAGAUAACAAGGAGAAUGGAGGAUCAAUUUGGGAAUCAGUACAAGCUGUUCCUUUUAGUCAAUCCUGAGGAUGAUCGCCCGGUGGCAGUUGUAGUUCCAAGAAAGACAUUGCAACCAGAAACAACAGCUGUUCCCGAGUGGUUUGCUGCUGGGGCUUUUGGACUUGUUACGGUGUUUACUUUACUUCUUCGGAAUGUUCCUGCAUUGCAAUCCAACUUAUUAUCAACUUUUGACAAUCUUGACCUGUUGAAGAAUGGAGCAUCAGGAGCGCUAGUCAUGGGACUUAUUCUCGGGGUGCAUGAACUCAGCCACAUUUUAGUGGCAAAAAGUAGCGAUGUUAAGCUUGGGGUGCCAUAUUUUGUUCCAAGUUGGCAGAUAGGCUCUUUUGGUGCAAUUACAAGGAUUUUGAAUAUUGUACCCAAGCGUGAAGAUCUAUUGAAAGUCGCAGCAGCUGGACCUUUGGCUGGAUUUUCCUUGGGCCUUGUUCUUUUGCUCUUAGGGUUUUUCUUACCACCUGCAGAUGGUCUUGGUGUUGUCAUUGAUUCUUCUGUUUUUCACGAGUCCCUUCUCGCCGGGGGUAUCGCAAAGCUUCUUCUUGGUGAUGUGCUCAAAGAAGGCACUCCGCUAUCUGUUAACCCUCUUGUAAUAUGGGCAUGGGCUGGACUCCUCAUCAAUGCCAUCAACAGCAUUCCCGCGGGGGAGCUUGACGGAGGGCGGAUUGCAUUUGCCAUUUGGGGCAGAAAGACUUCAGUGCGCUUUACGGCUGCUGCUAUCGGGAUGCUGGGCCUAUCCGCGAUUUUCAAUGAUGUAGCCUUUUACUGGGUGGUUCUGAUAUUCGUUUUACAGAGGGGGCCAAUUGCUCCACUCUCAGAGGAAAUCACAGAUCCCGAUAACAAGUAUGUUGCUCUUGGGAUAUUAGUUUUGCUCUUAGGAUUGCUAGUGUGCUUACCAUACCCCUUUCCAUUCACGGAAGAAGUUGUGACGACUUUCUAGCUAGGGAUACAAACCAUAGUAGAGGGAUUGUUCAAGAAAAUGACUCUAAGCACACAAUUCUGGCUCGCAUUGUAGCUCACAUGUACAUCAUCAAUACAAGUCAUACUCUAUCAUUCAGAUCAAUAAAAGUUAUUU